AUAUUUACAGGUGAUUGCGGUGGGGAGAAUGCAGAUGUGGCAUGGUUCAUGCUUACCCACCCAGACAGAGGCCCAGACAGGGGCAGUUUUAUUGGUGGCAGAAGUGUACACAACCAAAGAAUAGGUAAACUCUCAACAUGACAGACACUAUUUGUACUACUGAGAGGCAAUAGCCCACCAGGCCAGGGUGGAGACCUGGUUUUGAUACAUACCGCACUGCUUUUCUCACAUGUAAAUCAUGUUGUUCUUAUGCUAACUAGUCCACAUUUGCAUGAGAAAGACAGAAAGGUUUGCAUCUAAACAAGGUCACCACCAGUGGUCAAUUCUAUAAAACUUUUACAAGUGUAAUUUACAAGUGUAGCUAUUGUUUUCCCGACUCUAAAACAAUGGCUGCACUUGUAAAUUACACUUGUAAAAGUUUUAUUAAAUUGACCCCAGGCUCUCUUCCACUCAAAGGCCAGGGCACCAAACACACAACUGUAAAAUGGGCCAUUCUACACAUUAUUUUGUGCAAAUUUCUUUCUUUCUGUAUGUGUCAUUUUAGGCAUUCAAUGUGUAUCUGUUUUAAACCCUAAAAUUACUACUGACAUUAAUAAUUAUUUUACAGGGAAGAUGUAUUAUGCUAAAUGUACCAGGAACAACAGAAAACUAGAAUGUCUUUUAAAUGUUUGCUUGUCAUUGUGAGCUGUUAUAAACAAUAAUAUUAAAAGUGGUUUGCCUGAUUCCUUACAUUUAGAGAGGUUGUGGCGUGAUGUGUUCACUGGUUGUACAUAUUUGUAUUACAACCUCUUCUAUUACAUGGAAACUGUUGGAUUGUUAGAGCCACACAAUGACAUACACCUCUGGUGCCUUCACUUUGUGUAUCAACCUCGCAUAGAUCGUCAUCUGCAAUUGUUUGCAGAAGGCUGGAGUAGAAAACGGAUCAGAACAGCUGGAAAUAAAACCCCUACUCAGUUAUGGUUCCAAGGGCUGUAUGCUAUUGCCCAGUCAGAUUAUGUCAUUGCUCAAGAAAUGAACAAAGAUGAAUGGCAGGUCAGUUUUUCUCUGUUGAAAGAUGUCUUCUCUCUGGGGCACCCAACAAGCCAAAUCAACCAAAAGCUUGAGAAAGAGGCACUUUUAAAUUUAAUAACUUAUGUUGCUUGAAGUCUGUCUAGAGUGAUGUUUUCGUUAGCUGGAAGAAUUGGAUCUAUUUGGAUUCCUUAGCUGAACUUUUAAUUGCCUGAAAAUGUUAGGGAACAAAGUCUUCAUUUGAGAAAAUGCUGAAAUGAUCUUUCCACAAACGUUUUAUGCAGCUAUUUUUUUCCCGAAAAGGCUAGCUGAUGAUUUUUACUGCCAAAAACAACAAUUACGACCUUUCCAAAAACCUCAGAGGUUAUGAUUUCCCCAUUGCCGAUCUUUUAGGCCAUGUUUCAGUUACGAAAAUUUGAGUGCACUCUUUAACGGAUUCCAAAAGCCAAAGGCGAACUAACCUCCACCAAACAGAUUUCUGAUACUUGCCGUUGGGUGCCCCUGUUCUUUCAGGCAGUAAAUAAUUAUUAUUAACUGCAAGUCAUAUUUUUGUAACAUUUAGACAUAUCCCAAUAUCCUUGUCUGAUUUUAUGAUCUGUAUAAAAGUAAUGUGAUUUAGUUCGUUUCUUUUCUCAAGUUGCUUUAGCAACAACUUCUUUUGAUGAUAAUGAUGAUGCUGAUGGUGAUGAAGCCCAAUGUUAUGCCAGAUCUCUUUGGUGGCAGGUUAUCCAAAACAGUGGUAGAGUGUUAUUACUGAUUGCCACAAUCGACAUAAUGUAUUUUCAUAUGCAUUGCAGCUGUAUGGAGUGGACUGGGAUGGACCAUUAUCUCCAGAGGAAAAUUGCAUUGAAGUUCCUUAUACUAGAUGUCCUAUCAGUCACAAUGAUAGCGUACUUUUAAAAGACGAAAUCAAUCCCUUAGAUGACAGCACCAUCCAUGGAAUUGAUCUCUAUGAAAGGACACUUCAAUUUGUGACAAGCAGAAUUUCAAGUUGA